CAAGCAAUUUUCGGCCGCAGCUUAGCUUCGCACCCCUUGGCCUGAGUGGGCCAGUCGUUUGCCCGUCGUUUUUUGCCAUUCGGGGUGAUGGGGCAGUGUGUACCUGUCCCGAAGAAUCAGCUCUUCGAUGACUUCGUGCCUGCGCUGCCCCGCAUGGACGGCAAGAGCGUGGCGGUCACCGGGUGCACUUCUGGCACCGGGAAGAUUUUCGCCAAGGUCUGCGCCCAGAAAGGCGCCCGCGUGGUGAUGCUGAACCGGGACUCCCAGCGCGCCCAGGAGGCCUUCGCGGAAAUGAAGGCGGCCGCGGCGGCCGCAGAGGCGCCGGAGCCGCUGUUCGUGGCCUGCGACCUGACGUCGUUUCAGUCUGUGCGGGCGGCGGGCACUGCGCUGAGCCGGGAUGCAGGCCUCAGCGAGAAGGGCCUGGACGUGCUCUGCAACAACGCAGGGAUCAUGGGUUUUCCUGACGUGGCCACGGAGGACAAGUGCGACGUCCAGAUGCAGAGCAACCACCUGAGCCACUUCCUGCUGACCAACCUGUGCAUGCCGCUGCUGGGGAAGGCGGCGGAUCUGCGGGGCGAGGCCCGGGUCGUGAACCACAGCAGCGCGCUGCGGGUCAUGGACGACGACAACUUCUCCAACGAGCUGGAUCCAAAAUUCCUGGAGAAGAACGGGGGCAACCUAGGAGGCAACAGUGAGACCAUCAUGAAGGGCGCAAACUUCCAUAGGUACCAGCAGACCAAGCUUGCCAACGUGGUCUUCACCUACGCGCUGCACGACCGCCUGCAGGCCGCCGGCUCCAAGAUCAAGUCGCUCUGCGCCCACCCGGGCGUGGCUCAAACGCAGCUGACCACCCAAACCAUGAAGCAGGGCGGUGCCAAGGACAUGCAGAAAAUCCCUUCGUGGGCGAUGAAGCUCGCCGCCUACUUCAUGUUCCAAACUGAGGAGGACGGGGCCUGCGGGAUCCUGCGGCAGGCCUUGGCGCCCGAGGCCAAGUCCCGGGAGUUCUUUGGGCCGCUGGGCAAGGGCGGAAACACUGGCAAGUACGACAAGGCUGAGAGCAAGGGUCCUGUGGGGGUCCUGGCCGAGCAGCCCUUGGCCCACGAGAAGGCCCGCGAGAUGCUUUGGAGGAUCAGCGAGGAGGUGACUGGCCAGCCCUUCGUGGUAUGACGGCACAGACGGUUGGAGGACUUCCUUGGACCUUGCCUUCGUUUGCUUAGAGCUGAUGCUUGCGAUGCUUCCACGAAGCAAGGAUUCGAUAAGAUGACUUUGGGUGCCUUUAGACAGAGCACCUGUGAAGCUUUCUUGUUGCGAGGCCGUUUCUGAUUGGAGGUGGACAAAACCUUGCAUCGGUUGGUAGUUGGAUUUUCCUGGCAAAGUGUUUCAUCCAUCCCAACUGGUGCGAAGCGGAUUUUGCCAUCCACAGUGGCUCGACUUGAAAAUACUGCUCAGGUGGAUGUCUCCGGCGCACAGCCUCUCCAACUGCUUGCAGUUGGGGGAAAGUAGAUGCCAAAAUUCGCCCAUUUUGGUUUGUCUUCCCCUUUACCCACAGGGGAUUGCACAAUUGCCUUCCCCAAUAGCUUUUCCUGCGCUUGUGCAUCGUUUUGCGGAGCAUUUGGUGCAGCCCAGCUGCGAGUCGGCUUGAGGGAGCGCGUUUGAGUCACGUCAAGGGCAUGGGUCCAAG